GUGUGCACACCAGCAACAGCAGAUAUCAACGUGAUACUGCCACGCUACACCAGGCCAAAACAAUAACAUCGGGACCCGCGACGGGCAAACACAGAGACGAUUCGUGCGGUGUGUAAGAAACGCGGGUGUGUCGUGCCGUGUUUUCGAGACGGAAUUUUUCGGUUUUUUUUUUUUGGUUUUGUUUUGUUUUGUGAAUAAAUUGUAGUUUUUUUACUCGUGCGUUUGGCGACAGUGUUGUAAGUACUAUAUUCGUAUUUUGUGCGGCGACCAGUGAUGGAUUCCACCGCGGUCUCGGCCGGGACCAGCAGGUGACACGUUCUCAACAGGUUAACCAGCCCGACAUGCCGGUCGCAGUAUGACAGGAACACAGGACGCAAUGUCCAACGCGCAGCAGCAGCCCACGCUAGCGCUCAGCGAUCUGCACAAGGGCGAUCUCGUUUGGUUCGAUCCGGGUGUCGGUCAUGUUUUACCAGGCGAAGUGCUCGAGUACCACAGGCCCGCGCAAGUACUCACCGUGCAAGCCGUUAUCGCGGGCAAGACGCAGAUUUUUUCACUCACCAACGCAAAUGGCGUGCACAGACGACAAGACCUCGGCCAAAACGGCAUCGAUGACAUGAUACAGCUCACAGACCUAAACGAAGCGUCGUUACUGUGGAAUUUGAAAAUUCGUUAUGAUAAAGAACUCAUAUAUACUUAUACCGGAAGCAUACUGGUGGCCGUGAAUCCUUAUAAGAUGUACGACAUGUACGGCUUAGACAUGGUGAAAAAAUACGAGGGCCAAAUCCUGGGCACAUUACCACCUCACUUAUUCGCCGUCGGUUCUGCGGCUUACGGCAUGCUUCCCCGAGGCAAUCAAGUGGUAGUCAUAUCCGGCGAAUCGGGUUCCGGCAAGACGGAGUCGACCAAGCUAAUCAUGCAGUACCUUGCUGCCGUCAACAAAUCGCCGUCCAACCUCAUAACCGAGCAAAUCUUGGAAGCUUCCCCGUUGUUGGAAAGUUUCGGGAAUUCCAAGACCGUGCGCAACGAUAACUCGUCUAGAUUCGGAAAGUUUUUGGAAGUACAUUUUAAACAAGGAGUCAUUUUGGGUGCCAAAGUGACUGAAUACCUUUUAGAAAAGUCACGUAUCGUUACACAAGCACCGGAAGAACGAAACUACCAUGUGUUUUAUGAAUUGCUGGCGGGUCUCGCCGAAGAGGACAAACUCAAGUACGGUUUGCUGUCGGCUGACAAAUACUUCUACUUGAACCAAGGAGGCAACUGCGAGAUCGACGGCAAAUACGACGGAGAAGACUUUCAAUCGCUUAUGUCUGCUAUGCAAGUGUUAGGAUUCACUUCUGAAGAACAGGACACCAUAUUCCGAAUAUUGGCUUCGGUUUUACAUCUGGGAAAUGUGUACUUCCAUCGUAAACAACUUAAGCACGGCCAAGAAGGAGUGGAAAUCGGGUCGGACGCAGAAAUCCGGUGGACGGGACACUUGCUUCGAUUGGACGUCGAAGGCAUUAAAGAAGCUCUUACCACUAAAACCACGGAAGCGCGCAACGAACGAGUUCUAACGGCUUUGAACAUCGACCAAGCCUUGGACGCGAGGGACGCGUUUGCCAAAGCGUUGUACAGUUCUCUUUUCACGUGGCUAGUGGCGAGGAUCAACCAUAUCGUGUACAAGGGGACUAAAAAGACUACAGCCAUAUCGAUUCUUGAUAUAUUCGGUUUCGAGGACUUCAAGGAAAAUAGUUUCGAACAACUGUGCAUUAACUACGCCAACGAAAACUUACAAGUUUACUUCAACAAGCACAUAUUCAAAUUGGAACAACAAGAGUAUGCCAAGGAAAAAAUCCAAUGGCAGAACAUCGCGUACAACGAUAACUUACCCGUGAUCCAGCUGUUGUCCAAGAAACCUGUUGGCAUACUGCACCUGUUGGACGACGAAUCGAAUUUCCCGCGAGCCACGGACUUGUCGUUUUUAGAAAAAUGCCAUUACAAUCACGCCCUAAACGAACUCUACUCGAGGCCUAGGUUAAACGGACCGGAAUUCGGAGUGCGCCAUUACGCUGGUCCCGUGUGGUACAACGUGGACGGAUUUUUAGACAAGAACCGCGACACCCUAAGGCCGGACGUCGUGCAACUUUUGAUAUCCAGCUCCUUGCCGAUGUUGAGCAAGAUGUUCAGCUCGUUGCGCAACACUUUUGAAGCAUCGAAAACGCUGAAUAAAGCCAACGGAAGAUUUGUCACCAUGAAACCAAGAACGCCUACCGUAGCAGCAAGGUUCCACGACUCUUUGCAACAACUCCUCGAGUCUAUAGCAGGAUGUCAUCCGUGGUUCGUUCGCUGCAUCAAACCCAAUUGCGAGAAAGUCUCGAUGAAAUUCGACAUGCCAACCGUUUUGGAACAGCUGAGGUACUCCGGAAUGUUGGAAACGAUCAAAAUCCGUAAGCUGGGUUAUCCGGUCCGCAUGAAGUUCAGCGAGUUCGUGGACAGGUACCGCGUGCUGGUCCGGAAGCGAAAGCUACCGCCCAAGGGCACCCCGAACAGGGAAAUCUGUCAGGCCAUACUGGAAAACCAUUCCGAAGAGUAUCAACUGGGCACCAGUCGGGUUUUCUUGCGCGAGAACCUCGAACGGUACUUGGAACGCGAAAGGGCGGCCAUACUCAACACGGCCGCGAUAACUCUUCAGAGGAACGUCAGAGGAUUUUUGGCUCGGACCAGGUACACGACCAAGCGCCACAGUGCCAUCAAGUUGCAGGCUUCGGUGCGCGGUUGGAUGCAGAGAAGACGGUACGAGACGUUGAAACGAGGCGUGGUCAAAGCGCAAGCCACGUUCAGAGGACGGCGACAAAGGAAACGGUACAAUCAGUUAAAGGAGGAAAUGAAGAAAAAAGCAGAUUUGGCCAAGGAGCGAGCCAAAGCGAAAGCGCAAAAAGAAGAACAAGAUCGAAGCGCCAGACCUCACGCGGUGACCAACCUCAACGUUUUGGACAUUCCGGCAGAACUUGCAGUGAUUUUCAACAAAGUCGACGAAUGGCAAGCGGCGCAUAACGAGAGACAACUGGUGAAAGUAGUCGGUCCCAUCGUCGAAAUACCAGAACAAUAUACGUUACCGUCGGACAUUGACCAGCAUGCAUUUUCGAAGUUCACGAAUAUAUAUUUUAAAUCGCACGUUUGGGGCAUGAAAAGAGAACCCAUAAAAACUCCUUUCCUCCAUAAAAGCAAGGACGCAGAUUAUAUGGACUCUAUAGCCAUUUUCAAAUUGAUCCUUCGAUUCAUGAACGACGAAUCGUUGUCGGCCAAACGGGAACAAGCACUCGCGGACUACAUCAUUCACAAAGGCUUAACAAAUGAAAGGCUUCGAGAUGAAAUCCUAUGCCAAUUAGUGAAUCAAACGUGGCGUAACGACGUGGAAGCUAAUAACGAGAGAGGUUGGCUAUUGAUGGCCAGUUGUCUAUCGGCGUUUCCUCCUACCGGGCCUUUGUACAAAUACCUAUUGAAGUACGUUUCUGACCACGGUUACGACGGCUACAAAAGCGUGUGCCAGAGAAAAUUGCUGUCCGGCCAUACUUGCACCCCCCCGGCCAGGUCCUCGCCCCCUUGUCUGUUGGAGUGGAGAGCCAACCGGAAGCGGUUCAAUACAGCACUGGAGUUUUCCAUGCCGGACGGGGAAACGAUGACAGCCGGCGUGGAGUCGUGGACUAGAUGCCAUUCGGUCGCUUCAGCCCUGUUGGCCGAACGAGGCAUAGCCGAAUGCAAUGGAUGGACUGUGGCUUUGGAUAACGACCAACGAAACGGAUUCGAUUACGUGUUUGACGCCAUAUCUGAAGUGGAAAUGCCACCAGGUUUCCCCGGCAAACCGACACAUGUGUCGCCACAGCCAUCGCCAAUCGUUCCGGUUUCAAAGGUCGAGUCGGUCGCCGUAAAUCGCAGACCAACCGUUCCUCCACCGCAACCGCCAGCAACAAAAUCCCAAAAGGUCCGAUCGGUGUCUCGUGAUCAUAGUGCCGAAAUCGGAUUGUCCCGGCAGUCGGCAUUGAACGAUCGGUACUUUGAAAAAACAAGUCGAUCCAGAAGCCUGGACAAUCUGAUAUCGCCUGUGCCACAACCGGUGAUUUCACCGAAAAAACUUGACUCGUUGGGUUUGUCUCACAGUAAGCUCAACGAACGGUACAUGUCGAUGGAGCGAAUACAAGAAACCGAAAAAGAUACCGACAGCGAAGACGACGACGACGACGACGAUGACAUAGCCAAAUCCGUCGACGACGACAACUUGGAGUCGGUCAGCCAAAGGGGCGACACCAGACACUAUAACGGAGCUUCUUCGGACGUUUUGUCACACAGUCAAAUGGAUUUUGAGUAUCCCGACAUCAACGCAAGAAGCGAAGACGACAAAGGGUCUUACAUCAAGGGUCAUCCGAGGUUUAUCAAGUCUCAGUACGCGGGCAAGCGUGGCUCUCAUUCUAUAAAAUCGCAAAUGGAUAACAAACAUAAUUCAGACAAGUCCGAAGCGAGAAGCUGCGCCAUGUCAGACACCAGCGAAGCGCCGUCGUUGGCCUCGCACGUAAGACGUGUUCGCGUGCCGUCUCAAGCGUCCGACGUGGACCAAUUCCUAGACGACCUUUUCAACCCCGUCCUAGAUCAGUUGUCCGACGCCAGGUCGCUGGCAGCUUCCAUCAAGGGUUCGUCGAAGAGCAACAAAUCGAUUGACGGCGAAUCGUUAGAUCCCCGGGAAUUCGCCAAGACCGUCAAAGGCGAAAAGCGACCGAAUCAUGCCGUGUCGUCGGACGACUGCGAGCUCUUCGCACUGGACCUCGGCCUGUUCGCCAAGACGAUCAAAGGCGGCGGUCGAGGAGUGGCGUCUCAACAACAGAACGGUACCGGCCAGUCCGGAAACGCUUCGUUCGGCAUGUCGCCGCUGAUUGGUUCGCCACCGGUUUUGCCCAUCCUCUCGCCGCCGUCGCUGCUCAUGCCCGCGAUGAACCCGCAGAUGUUCAACUCGCCCAACAGUCUCAGCGUGCCGGCCAAUUCGUCCAAUGCCAGUAACGGUUCCAGCGAUAGCAUGCUCGCGUACCAAGCCAACCUCCACCAGGCGUUCUUGCAGUCGGCCAUGGCGCAAAACAUACAGAUACAGCAACAAAUACUGGCGCAGAACCAAGCUCUCCAUCAGCUACUACAACAGCAGCAACUCUUGCCGCCGGUUGGUCCAGAAAACACUUCGGGUGUAUGGAACAAUUCGCCUCCCAAACAUAAGUCUACGCCCACCAAUAAAUCUCAAGGUCUUAGGGCGGGAUCGCCACAUUCUACUUUUACAAAUGUAUUAAGUGAACUCAAGAGUAGAAAAUCGUCCAUGGAUUCUAACGUAGGCAAGGGCCUGGUGCCACCGCCGCCACCAAUGCCACCGCCGCCAGAUUUAUGCGACCCCAGUGAAGUCAGACCGUUUAUGGACCCUUAUGGUCGAGCUAAGACCGUGAGAAUCGGCAAGUGGAGAUGGCCACCCCCGAGCGAUGGGACGAGUAACGGCGUGCCAGGUGACAUGAACGGGUUUCCCACUCAUCAGAGUUUCUUGCAGUUCAAAAUGUCCAAACAACAAAAUCAACAAAGACAUAAGCAAUCACAAGACUCGAGUCAGGACGGCGAUCUAAACGGUGUGGAAUGGGAGGAAUAUGAAAUACAACAGCCGGAAAUGCCUAAGCAAUCUACUCCCAAAGAACAACCGGAAGUGCAUAGAUCAUCGUACAAGUCCUUGGAAGUAGGGGCGUCAAGGCCUAGUCCGGGAAGUGUCGGAAAGCUGCGAAUCAGCAAUGAAAUGAAACAUAAAUUGGAAAUGGUAACAGCUAAUCAUAGUCUGAGAUCUUCAACGAGCAAACCUAGGCCUCAAGCCAUGAACAACAUGCCUGCUCCACCCACCGGAAAACUGGACACCGAUAGACGAUUGCUUUUACAACAACAACUCGCUGGAAGAUGGGGUAGUGCAGACAGUGUCGACUCUCAAAGCGUGGUCAAAGAAGACACAUCCGACAUACAACCGAACAACGUCAUACGCAGUCAAGUAGAGCGAAUCGAAAGUUCAGGAUGGAGACUACCUCCGCCGCCGAUAACUCCAUCUAGAUCUAAUAGUUUCUAUAAUCAAAAUAUGAAAAAGAAUAGUAUCAGCCCGCCGGCUCCCAUUCAACCAGUGACCCGGGAAUACGACCAGAACAACAUGUUCCGGAAUGCGGGACCGAACAAUUUCAACGACCUACACGAAACCGAAAAGACUCCAGAGUUAAACGGUCGACCAGAACACAGGAUACAAUCGCCUCUUCAUCAAGAAGAUGCGCAGACCACGAAACUAUUGCAGUCACCGGCCAACGCCUUUUUCACUUAUAACCGCGUGCCUUGGAAACUUAACAUCCGAAAAGAGGUCUUCACGCCCAAAGAAACCAUGUCCAAUCCGUUAGUUUUGCACUUGAUAUUUUGCCAAGUGGUCGCCGACAUGUUCAACAAAUUCCAUUCGGUACACGCAAGAAUAUCCUCUGACGAACGGGAAGAGAUGUUGGACCUUUUGGAUAGGUUCGGAGUGACUGCUAGCAAUAUGCAAACGGGACACCACAAAGCCAGUACUAAACGGUCGAUUGUGGAAUUGGCCCGUCAAUGGCCGUUGUACUUUGCAAGGAUAUUUCCGGUUUCGUGUGGAUAUCAACACAGAGAAGUAGAAUGUCUGGCCAUUACUCACGGAGGCCUUCAUUUGUUGCGCAAAGACGAACACCAACAAUAUCAGAUCUUACAAACAUUAACCUUUGAAGACAUAGCCGACGUUUCGAUGGGCAAAGCUGGAGGAUCGGUUCAAUUAACAGUAAUGUCGGGAGAAACGAUUCCAUUCCACUCGAAUAGAUCCAGGCAAAUUCAUUCGAUGAUCAGUUCGUUUUUGAAAGAUGCAGCGCCGCUUGGCCGACUUCCCCGCCAAAUGGACGAGAAAAUACGUGCCACCGAACACAAAGGAUGGCAACAAACAAACCCCAAGUAUUCAAAAUCGUCGGCGCCUUAUAAGCCCCACGACGACUCACCGCCACCAAUGCAUUAUGCGGCUGACGAUGGUAAACAUUCGUUGCUCCAAUUCGCCAUGUACAAUUUUAGACAUAGUUCUGAAAAGUUCGAUAUGCUAAAAUCGGCCAACGGCGAAAUAAACGGGUCUUUAAAAAUUUUGCAAAACUCGAAAAAGAAGAGCGACGACUGGACUUGGAAAGAGCAAUUCGAAAUGGUCAAAUACACAAACGCGCCGUUAUCCGAGUCGCUGCUCAUACUAGAUCCGGAGUUGGACAUGUUGGCGAUCGAGUGUUUCGAGUGUAUCAUGCGGUACAUGGGCGAUUUGCCUACGACGCCGGAGUUCACCGAAGUCAAAUGCGUUUACACAAUUCUCAUGCAUUGCCAUAAAUUCGAAAGCCUGAGAGACGAGGUGUACUGUCAGUUGAUGAAGCAAACGACCAACAACAAGACGGAAAGCUGCCAGCGGGGAUGGCGGCUGCUCAGCAUUGUCGCCGCCUACUUCACGUGCUCGGAGAACCUCAGGCCGUACCUGCUCAAGUAUCUGGAAACGGCCGCGUACGACAAGCGUAGAGCUUUCCACGGAACCGCCAACGUGUGCUUGCAGAAUCUACGGAAAACGUUGCGGUACGGCGGCAGGAAGAACGUGCCCAGCGUCGAAGAAGUCACCGCCGUGUCGGCCGGUCGUAACUCCAAGAGGCAACUCUACCGGUUGCCGGGAGGAAGCGAGACCGUCGUGAACACCAAAUCCACGACCGUCGUUGCCGACGUCAUUGCGGGCAUGUGUUCGCUGAUCAACGUCAACGACCCGUUGGAAAUGGAAGAGUUCUCGCUCUACUGCAUCGUGGAAGGCGACGCUUUUACCAUGCCGCUGGCCGCGGACGAAUACAUUUUGGACGUGACCACUGAACUGCACAAAAACCAACAGGUAUUCUACUUGAUAUUCUGUCGAUCCGUAUGGUAUUUCCCAUUGCGGUUGGACAGUCAGCUCUACGUGCAAGUGUUGUUCAAUCAAAUAGCACCCGACUACUUGGAAGGGCUACUUUUGGUAUUGCCCAACGAGCAAUUACCCCAAGAAUUAUUGUUUGAAGUGUCGAGAUUAGCAGCGCUGCUCCACCGCGCGGCCGACUUGGUACAUCCGCCAGCUCUUAAAGAAACGAAAUUCCUUUUGCCCAAACCCGCGCUCAUGCAACGGGACCUAAAACCCGGGCAGUGGGUGCAAAUGGUUCAAACCCAUUGGCCGCAAAUCGAAACCCUGCACAGCGUGGACGCCAAAGCUCAAUUUUUAGAAAUUUUGAGUAAAUGGCCGCUAUUUGGGUCCAGUUUCUUCGCCGUCAAACGCAGCGGCGAUCAACAAAUCUUAGCGUUGAACAAAACCGGAGUCCAUUUUCUCCACAUCGUUACCCACGAAACAUUAUCGACAGUGCCAUUUAGCGAAGUAAUCUCGACGAGAAAAGUCAGAGCCGGCGAAGGAGCUACACUUUACUUGGAACUUAAGUGCGGCAACUUAUUCCAACAAAGAGUGGCCAGAUUACAGACGGACCAGGCACACGAGAUCGCCAGACUUGUCAGACAAUACAUAACCAUGCAUCGCCAUAAAGUUGGUGUUCAUUGAUGAUAAAUGAUCACGUGUGUACACUACAAAAGAAGAAAAUUAUUACAUUUGAGUUUUGCUCAAACCUAGACAUUAGUUUAAUCUGAUCUAACUCGGAUUGGAAUUUUUCAGUAUAAACAUUACAACGACAUCCACGUUGACCGCUGAUGGUUCUAAAAGUUGAUAAUAUUUAUUAAGUUAAAUAUAAUUCUGUGUGAUUAAUUUUAUUAUUCAUAGGCCAAAUAAAGUUAGAACAGACUAAAUUAUAAAUCGGCUAAACGAUUAUUGAUUUAUAGAUAAUGUGUAUUAAAUUAUAAAUCGUUUAAUAUUUUAUAU